AUGCCAAAUAAUGAGAAUUCAUCUCCAUCAAAACGAUUUUCAUUAUCUUCUAUAAUACCUACUCAAUAUGUUGUUAUUGGUUCUAUUGUUCUCAUCGGAUUAUUCAACAUGUAUAAAGGUUUAUUUCGAUUUUCAUUUGGAUUUAUCGGUGGUAUAGGUAUUGGUGCAGUGCUUGGCUUUGUUUUUGCUGAUAGUCCUAUGGGACAAUUUAUAUUAAGACAACGUUCAAAACCUCAAGAAACUUAA